UUUCCUGCCGCGCGCGCGGGGCCGGGACUAUGGCAGCGGCAGCGGCGGCGCUGAGGGGGCUGCGGGCGGGCUGGGGCCUCGGCGGCUGUCGCCGGCUGCUCACGACGCCGCCCGGGCCCUCUGGAGCGCUGAACCCCUUCGACCGCCGGCUGAAGCGGAAGCAGAAGAACUGGGCGGCGCUGCAGGCUGAGCCCGCCAAGUGCGAUUACCUGCGGGAGGAGGUGGGCGGCAGGCUGGCGGACAGGGUGUUCGACAUACCCCGAACAUUUCCUCUUGCCUUGGAUGUUGGCUCUGGAAGAGGUUACAUAGCUCAACAUUUAACCAAGGAAACCAUUGAAAAGCUUAUUCAAGUUGAUAUCGCAGAGAAUGCUUUGAAAAAUGCUUUAGAAUCUGAAAUCCCUACAGUCAGCGUUGUAGCUGAUGAGGAAUUCCUUCCUUUCAAAGAAGAUACAUUUGAUCUUGUUGUUAGCAGCUUAAGUUUACAUUGGGUAAAUGACCUUCCUAAAGCUUUUAAAGAGAUUCACCAAGUUCUCAAGCCAGACGGAGUAUUCAUUGGUGCAAUGUUUGGGGGAGACACUCUAUAUGAGCUUCGCUGCUCUUUGCAGCUAGCAGAAUUGGAGAGGGAAGGGGGAUUUUCUCCUCACGUAUCACCGUUCACUGCUGUCUCCGAUUUGGGACAUCUGCUGUCGAGAGCGGGCUUUAACACCCUGACUGUGGACACUGAUGAAAUUCAAGUCAACUACCCAGGGUUGUUUGAGAUUAUGGAAGACUUGCAAGGUAUGGGGGAGAGUAAUUGCUCUUGGAAUAGAAAACCUCUGCUACACAGGGAAACAAUGUUAGCAGCUGCAGCAAUAUACAAGGAAAUGUAUGGAAAUAGCGAUGGCUCAGUACCUGCUACGUUUCAGAUCUUCUACAUGAUUGGCUGGAAAUUCCAUGAAUCACAGGCACGACCAGCCCAGAGAGGUUCUGCAACGGUUUCACUUGCAGAUCUGGCCAAAAUAGAUGGACUUAUUUCGAGAGGAAAGAAAUAGUUCUUCAUCAGAAAUGAUAUAAAUGUAAAACUUCUCAUUGCAUAUAGUCUUCAUUUGUGCUUAUUUUGUGGUGACAUUCUGCAAUGAUGAUAAUCUACACAGAGAGUUGGGUUUUUUUACUGCCUAUGCUACAACAUCUGCUGUGUAAAACGGUGCUCUUUUUUUUUAUUGUUUCUAGAAAAAUACUUCAGUUUUCUAAAUAGAUGCAUGCUUUCCCCACUCUUGAUUAAAUUAUUAUUCUCAAAUAUAGUGCCUUUUCCAGCAUUUCAGUAUUCAGACUUCUCUAGGUAUGAUCUUGAGUCUUUAUCACCCUGCAUUAUUUUUUUGUUAUUCCUAAAGGAUGGUAGAUAGUAGUAAAAGGUAACAACAUCAUAGAAUCAUUAAGGCUGGAAAAUAAGUCCAAGAUCAUCCAGUCCAACCAUCAACCUAAGACCACUGUGCCUACUAAACCAUGUCACAAAAUGCCAUGUCUACACAUUUUUUGAACACCUUUAGGAAUGGUGACUGCACCACUUCCCUGGGCAGCCUAUUCCAAUGCUUCUUCACUCUUUCAGUAAAGAAUUCUUUCUUAAUAUCCAAUCUAAACCUCCACUGAUGCAACUUGAGGCCAUUUCUUCUUGUCCAAUCACUUGUUACUUAGGAGAAGGGCCAGCAGCUGCCUUACUACAACCUCCUUUCAGGCAGUUGCAGGGACCAAUAGGUCUCUCCUGAGCCUCCACACUAGAGACUAGUAGUUGGUGGCAAGUGUAUUUAUAAGACAUCCUGUAAGAGAAAAUAUCAGCAAACACGGAGAUCUAAAUGAAUGGGGUUUGUGGGUGGGAAAUUAUGGGUAAAAAUUUACUGUCAGUUAUUGUUUGUAAUUUGAAUGUUUGACAUGUAUGAGAAAGUCAUUAAGUUCCAUAUUACAAAAAUAUCUGUUUGCUACCCUUUGCCUACAGCCCUCAAAUUCAAUUACUUUUCCUUCUACCCCCAAAACUAGAAAUGUUUCUGAUCAUGUAUAGUAGAGCUUAGCCAUAAAGAAAGCUAGGUGCUUCUGACAGAUUGUUAUAUAUCAUGAUUUGACUUAAUUUACUGAAAGCUAUGUGUGAAUACAUGUGAAAGGUGUGGGUUUCAAAUUAGUUAAUUGGCUUAGCUUUGGCAUUCUCUGGAGUUGGUAAUCUUUGAGAAUUCUGUGGCAUUUUUUUGUCUUUUAUCUCAUAGUAGUUGAAAAAAAAAGUGAUACUUUAUCUAAAUAUUAGUUAAAAAAUACAUUUACACCUUGCUUUCUGCUUUUCUAAUAUAAGACAGAAAAGCGUGAGGUAAGAUUUUUUCUGAGGUAAGAUUUUUUCUUAGCUGUGAAACAGAGCUAUGACUUUCCCUGUGUAUAAUUGCAUUACCACAAAUUUAUAUUAGUUACGAAUACAUCUUGUUAACCUGAGGUGUUUAGAAAACGAUAACCUACUCAGGGAUUUCAUUUGAUUAUAGUACUGACAGGGAAUGGUAGAGAGACAAAGCAUGAAGAAUACAAAAUCAGGUAUACCGAGUCAAUUCUAGUGUAUCUAGGUGGUGUAAUCGUGCCGGUGAAACAAAAGCUUCUCUAGGCUUGUUGUAAGAAGAUUAUCCAGCAGGUGGAGUUUAACCAAAUGGUGUGAUACAGACCAGACGGGCAAGGUAGGGAGAAGCCAUCACAUUCUGUCAAGGGUUAUUGAAUUAUGAUUCAAAGACUAAUACGGAUAUUGAAGUUACCUCCUACUGCUUAGCUAGUGUUCAAUUUUCAAAAUCGUAGAAGAUCAAUUUAAGGGCCUAAUUUAUGGGUUAAUUUUACUUGCCAGGAUGUGACUUCAAAUAAAUGAGCAGAGAAGGUACAAAACAACAUAAGGAGGGCAGAAUCUGCUGUCCUGCUUUUGCUUACAGGCCUAAUCCAUAAUUCAAGCAGAAUGUGUGCAUCUUCCAUUUUCCUUAGAACAGAACAGUAACCCUCUUGGAAAAAAAAAAAAGGAGAGUCUGUAAGCAGUCUAAUAACCUUUGUAGCCAUUAAUCAAGACUAAAGCUAAAAUGAGAAUGUGUGUCUGAAAGCCUCCAUUUUUUUCGUGGUUCAUCAGUGGACUUAGUACAAGAUAAUACAUCUCUCUGCGGGUCCUCUGUCUUAAAUAAAACUAACUUGUUUGCGGGAACACUCUCCAGCUUCCCAGUUUUCCUUUCUUUGAAGUUGUGUGUCAAAUGACUGUGUAACUUUACUCGUUUUUUCCUUAGUAGGUUAAUUUCUAGUCAGUUGAGCUGGCGGCUGUGACUCAGAUAUGUUAAGGGAAUGAAGAGGUGGACUGUGCUACAUAAAUGUUAAUUGGAAAAGUGCACCUACUGUGCUUGUUUGAAGCACUCGAGUUAUGAAGAAAAGAAUUUCCAAUUUUUAAUUCCAUAUUCCGUGAAUGGAGUACUAUCUAAGCAGUCAAGUAGGUAGGAAUGUGGUUUGGCAAUGGGAAAACGUACCUUCUGAAGAGGGAGAAAUAGAGUAGUUUUCUUCCUAGCACUUGGGGUGGGGGUAUUAAGUUAACUUGGAAAAGGGUCAGGGAGUAACAAAUACGGCAUUGGAACAGUAUUGGUUGUAAUUAGGGGACAUACAACUGACAGGCAAGGCGUUUGUUUCCCUGGAUGACUAUGUUUGAAUAAUGGUGCUUUAUGUAUGUUUUUCAAGGUAGUUAAUUUUUUUGGUAGUAUUUCUUGGAAUUCUUGGUUACUCUGGUUUCCACUAGUAAUUUUUGUUGUAUGGCACCUGAAUGACUAGCUUUGGAAACAGUUUACUAUGAACAGAUUUUUUUUGUCACGCAAGGCUCUCUUAUAUUUCAGUUCUCUUUUUCAGAUUUAAGUCUUUAUGGCUUUCUGAAAUUCUAAUGAAGAAGAAUAUGGUUUCCAGUUGCUAGAAAUUAUUUUAAACUCUUAAGUGCAUGUUAAAAAACAGCAUUUACAGAGUAAUUAAGUUCUAAAAAGUAGUUGCUAAGGUGACAUAAUGCCUCCUGCAAGCUUAGUUAGUUUUAAGAAUCUUUAUGGAUAAUACAGAAUGUUUUUCUCCUGAUUGCAGAAGAAUGGAAAAAAAGAAUGCUGGGAGAUAAUUGUUUUGACUACUUAAAAGUCAGGAGGCCAUAAGUGAUAACAAAAAAGCUUUAGAAGCAACAUAUUUACACUUAAUGAACGUUAUUUCUGAGCCUCAUAAAAGUUCUGAGGGUCCAAGCAAUGGGUCAGGGAGCAUGUUUGUUCAAUGUCUUUGAUUACAAGACCUGCCAAUUUGUAGAUUUAUGCUUUAGUCUGCUUGGAAUAUAGGGGUGACAGUGAGGCCCUACAGUCUGUAACACAUGCAAUAUGAUUUCACACUUCCUGUGCUCUCAAAAGACUGAGAAUUGAUGAAGUUAAAACAUGGGAAAAGAUUCUUGAUUACCUCUAAUUUAUGAAAAUGCCAGCAGCAGAAACUCAGAAAAAACACAUACAAAAUAAAAUAUAACUAUGGUUUUUACUCUGCUUAUGAAAGAAAUAAAUAUGACCCUUUUUUAAUGCUUUCUAGAAGCAAGCUAAAAUUAUACUGUGUCAGUUGCAGGGAGGAGAAACACACCAGUCUUUCAUAUGGUGUUUAAUUGAAAAUUCCUGAUGCAAAGAUCUGAUCUAGCGGAUUAAAUUCAUUAGAGCAUCUUGUUCAAGAAGCCACAUUAAGAAGGUAGCAUGUAUGUUAAAUCUUUUAAAUUUUCAUUUGGCCAGCUCAAGUAGUUAAUAUCCACUUUUGAAAGAUGUGAUCUCUUUUGAUCUAACUGAGCUGUUACUUUGAGGGAGUACAGUUACUGUGGCAGUUUGAUGGCAAUCAGUCUGAGUCCUGAAGCAAAUGUGACCUGUACAGCUAGUUGAUUCAUUUCCUGUGUAUCUUAGGUGCCCUCAGGUGAAGAAAAAGGAAAAAGAAUUAAAUAAAGGAAAACCUGAGACAGUUAAGUUUUAGCUGAAGGCUGCAUACUAGUGUGAAGUAAAAAACACAGGACACAGUAUAUAUGCUUCUUCUAGGGGAAAACAAUUUGUGGCUUAAAUUAACUUCAAGUGGUUUGUUUUAUUAAUAGCUGUAAUUAACUGUUAAUCUGCACACUAUACAUGGAGGAUUAAUAGCAGUAAUAUAACAGAUAAAUGGCUGUACUAAGCUCUUACAAAACCUUAGUAAACACCUUCAGAUGCCUAACACCCAUCUACAGCAAUCCCUCAUGGUCACCUAUAUCCCUUUAACAGGAGGUUUGGGUUAUAAGAGCCCCCCCUUGUAGGAGUACGUUACCCAUUUUACAUCCAUCUUCCUUGGACAUGUGGAUGAUUUAGCUGAAUGCUUACUUGUGCUGUUUCCUACUCUGCAAUAAUCCACCCACCUGCUGGGACAGCACCCCACAACUGAUGUUGUCCAGGCAUUUUUGCCAAGAGGAUGCUAUGUAGUUUUUCCCUGCGAUCUCGAGCUGGUUCUCGGGGUACAGGGUACAUUCAUAAAAAGACAAAGUCGUCCUACAAAAGGUUUCUGUUUGGAACCCUGUGUUGGAGCAGUGAUGAUGAAUACUGGGGGAUUUUACUUGGGCUCAAAGUGUUCAUGAUAGGCCACAAUGUGUCACAAUAUAGCAGUUUUCUACUGAUAAUUCUUAUCAUAAGGAGAGGUUCUGGUUUCAGCUGGUUUCUUCUAAGUAACUCCAGCAUUUUGAGUUCAGUGUGAGGAUAGUGUUGGUAACAAAAUUUUUCACAGUUGUUACCUAGGUAAUGUUUAUGCUUAGCAGGGAUAGAAUGGAUUCUCUUCUCAGCACCUGCUGUUCCUGUAGUUUCUGUUAUAAGAAGAAUUCUAGAAGAAAAACCUCUAAUUUUUGGAUUAUUGCCAAGGAAACUAAGGACUUUUCUCAAUUUCCCAUAUUUUACAAGUAAGCGGAUGUAUGAAGUAGGAAGGAGCAGCACCAGGACAGCUGACCCAUGCUGGCCAACAGAAGUAUUCCAUACUAUGGAGAUCACACUCCAUAUAUACAUGGGAAGUUUGCUGAGGACUUUCCUGAUGGCUGCUGUCCCUAGGGACCCAUGUUCAUCCUCCUGCUCCUGAUGCCCACUUCCCAUCUGCCAUUGCAUUUUAUCUGAACUGCUGUUCAUCUGUCAUUCACUGCUGGGGAUGUGCAGUGCAUGACCACUACAUGGGCUGAGUACAGCUUUCUGUAUUUUAGCAGUAGUAGUAAUAUUAGUUUUUUAUUGUUUUAUUAAAACUGUUCGUAUUUCAACUUAGGGUCUUUUCUUUUUUUUUUCCCCUGGUUGGGUGGUGUUGAGAGAGCAGCUGCCUAUUGUUUGCCCCUUCAAUGAAGGAGGCUUAACUUUUGCUGCACUAAUUAAUCCUGAUUCGUGCAUUUGUCUUUCUGCAUCCUAUAGGGAUUCAUUACACUAUGUAGAAAUAGAAGUACAACUUGAAUUUGGGAUCUGCACCUUAUGUAUGACUGCUGAUCAUAGAACUCUUCCUUUAAUAUUGCACCCAGAGUUUGUGUGAGUACACUAAGAAAACAAAGAAUAAAACUACCGUUGUGGAUAAAUGUGUUUUUACCAUGAAAAUAUCCAUACUUCUGAUCAAAUAUAAUUUCUGGUUUUGUGGAUGACAAAACUACAGUGACAGAAAAGCGCUGGAUGCAUCUUUCUUGUAUAUUUUACCACCUUUCUAGCCAAAUUAACAACCUAAAAAAGUGACUUCUUUACCUAGUGCAUGCAUUAAUUUAAAUGGUUUGAAGCUCUUAAGCUGUUUGUCUCUAAGGUUAAGUGCCUUAAUAUUAAGACAUUACUUAUUCUGUGGAACUCUUAUCCAAAAUGGGUAAAUUACUAAGGGAAUCUAACAGGUAAUAGGUCAAAUAAAUAGUAACUUCAAUUUUUUCUUCAGACUGGAAUUGCUGUACUCUGUUUUGUCUCUGAAUUUAGCCAUUAAUGGAUGUACGUAAUACCCCUGUUUUAGCUCUUCCAUCAUCUCAUCUCUACAAAGUGUAUACUGCUUUAGCGUAAAGAUGGCAGGUGCAUCUGUUCUUACCAAAAGCUACUUUAUGGAUGUUGUUCAGUCUCCCACUUUUUUCGUCCUAUAUAUUAUAUUUUUCUUUUUUGGAGAUGAAUUAGUUUAAGUUCUAUAAUUAUUCACUGCUUUAAUUUGAUGCAGAACUCAAUAACAUUUGAUACAGAACUUCUGAUGUUAUUUCCUAGUAUCAGAGUUGCUUCCACUUCUGUAAUGAAAAAUGUAAUCCCCAUAAAAAACCACUUUUGAUUAUUAUACUCCCAGUCAGUAUCUUUCCUGACUCAACAGUGGAAUGCCCAGUCGUACAGGAGUAAUGUUGCUGUUCUGAGGCAAUGUCUGUAGCAAGACACUUGGUAGCUUAAAUGCUGAACCUCAUAGGUAGACAGAUUCAAAGUAUAAACCAAAUUCGUAGCUUAGUGUCCAUGUAACAUGCGUUUGCAUAGCAUCCCAUCCAUGUCUGAUAUUUUUUGUGCUUGUGAAUUUCUUCAGUUACCUGUAGUUGCUUCUGGAAUUCUGAAAAAUAGCAGAGAUGUUGUUACUGCCAAGAGGUUUUGUUAGAUCUCAGACAAAGUAUUCCUUAGAUUGUUUUGCCUACGGGAGUCAGCUUAGAAGGCAUUCUCAGAAGGAGCUGUGGUGCCGACACAGCACUGCUCAGUCAACAGACUUGGAGCACUUUUUUGAUGCCUAGAUGACUGAUCUUUGAUUAUUACCUUUCACAAAACAAACUAAAAAUCUAUUGGUUUAUUUGCAUAUGAGCUUUUCAAAUAGUAGUUUACAGUUAGUUUUUUUUUUCUCCUGGCUCAGUGAAUCUUUUUGGAAUGGGAAGUGAAAAUUUGAACAUUGAAUAGAGUGGGUGUUUGUGUCUAUAUUGAGGACAGUUUACAGCAUGGUGGCUGAUACUAUCAUAUUUGGUAGCUGGGAGUUAAUUAUCCCUUAUUCAGAAGAUACAAUUUAAUUUAUAACUUUUAUAAUUCUUCUGGUUAGCAAUUUCAGAGAUAUAGAAUUAAAAGACGAUAGUAUGGUUAUCUGUUGGUCUCUCAUACACGUUUGGUGUAGGCUUAGUUGUUGGAUUCAGGUUUAUGAACCUAAAGGUUUCUUAAGUGCAGGGAAACGUUUCCCUGCAGUUCUCUGUGGAGUUAAUAGAUCUUCAUGAAUACAAGAGUACUCUGUUUUUUGCACUCCUUGUUGGUAUUUUCCACUGGACAGCUUGGGUUUGUUAUCCCAGCUUUCCUAGGUCUCUGAACAGCCACACAGACACUGUGCAUAACUUUAGAAAUCUUGAGCAUGGAAGUCAGAGUCCCUUAGCUGUUAAAGGAUCUGAGAGUUAGAUGUUGCAGCACUGAGUACUGCAGCAUACAAAUGCUUCUGUGCACCUAGCUUUGCAGAUUCUGCUUUUGAAUAUUGCUGAAUAACUCACUCUGUUUAGCUCUGCUGUAAAUAUUUGUUUUCUAGCAGUUAACCAUCUUGAAAACAUACGAACAUGAUUUAGUAAAUAUAACACUUGAGAUGAAUUUACAAAUGAAUGUUGGCAUAAGACAAAUGUAUUUUAACACUGCAGUUUCUGUGCCUGCUCUCUGCAUAUUUAUUUUCCGUAAAACAAAUACGCAGUUUGAUUAGCUGCUUUUGUCUUGUGUACAGAAAUGGCCUGUUUAAUGCAGUGGGAAGUCAAGUAGAAGCCAGCACUUGUUAAUGGAUGCUUAGAACAGGCACAGUCAGACAUCUUAAAUUACACUAACUAAGCAGUAAUUCUAAUUUAUUUCUAAAGAUAGAAGUAUAACAACCCAAUUACCUAGUUUCCUCACAGACUGUAAUGAGUACAGUUAGCAUAAAAUUUGCCUAUAAAUUUAAUGGGCAAUUUCUUGUUGUGUGGACAUUGAAAACUCUAGCAAAAAGAGCAAGCCGUGUUAGAGUCUGUAUAGUAACUUGCUGCCAUUGUAGACUUCCUUGACAAAUUGCAUUACUGUAAAACAUCAAUCAAAUCUGUUCAGUACCAGGAGUUUUUAAUGUAGUGGCUCAAACAGGGAUGGCAGUGGAGUUGAGAGUUCCAUCAAGAAAAGAAGGAUUUUUUUUUUUUUUUUUUUUAAAUCUGGGUUAGCAGCAGGGGGUUUUCCCAUUUUAAGAUGAUGCUAUGACUGCAAAUUCAACUUGUAAUCUGUCAGGUUGUGGCUUUUAUCAGGCCGGUUCUGUAUGUGCAGGCUCGUAAGAACAGUUGGAUCAGUUCUUCUACAUGUAGAAUACACACAAAGAUAAAAAAAUACGUAUUAAUACUCUGCUGAAAGGGGAAUGAGAAGCUAGAGUCCUACAUCUGAUACAGAGGUUCUCAAACCACAGUUCAGGCAGCUGCUGCUGUACAUGAGUGUCAGCAGUUGUGCAGUUUGUUGGAUAGAACAAGGUGUAGGGCACCUCAGAAUUUGUAGCUGAUAGAAUCCAAAGGACACUUUCCCCUCCCUUCUGAAGCUGAUUUGUUUAUGAUGGGAAAUUCUCUUUGUGACCGUAUUUUCAUAAAGUGCAGUAAAGAAAACCGAGAAAGACAUAGCUAAAUUGCAGUGACCUGCUGAGACAAAGGUAGUGAAAAUUAUAGGCCAUGAGAAACCAUACUUAGUAAAACAUGAAGUUUCUUCUACUUUGCCUACGCCCUAGAGAGGGAAUAAACAAAGCCCCCAGGGCUUGAAGAAUAGAACCAAGUUUUUCAAAGUAUGUUUCAUGAUGGAUUUUUGAUUUCACCUCUCUUAGGCAAGCAAGUAUUGUGGGAAAGAGGAUGAAGGUAAGAGACUUUUCCCUAUUGCGGACUUCUCGAUCGUGAAAAUGCUUUAAUUACUUCAACAGAACAUCCAUUUUAAAAGUGCUUUUAUUACCUCAUUCUGUUAAGUACAAUGAAUAAAAAUAAAACUGUGACUGUGAAAAUAGCAGCAAAUUAUUUCCUUUGCAUUAGAACACUGACUUAAUGGUAUCAACUUUCCUAGGGAUUUAUGCCCUACCACACUUUCCUGCCUGAUAAUUUUGUACAGUACACUUGCCAGCCUUCCCGUUUUGCCUUACAAUGCUAACUGAACAAAUGGGAUAGUGUGCUUGAACCUGGGCUGCUUUUGUGGAUAGAAGGACCACUAUGUGCACUCUGUGGAUAAUGGCCUGCCAAACAAAACAGGUAGUGUAUUAAAUGUACUUAUUUGAAGGUCCAUUAAAAGAUGUGUCUUUAUAUUUCUAGAAUUUAACUCAGGGCAAUGUAGAUUAUUUUAUUAAAAUGGAUUAUAUGUGUACAUUAUAGAAAGAAAUAAGAUCUUUCACUUUCUGAAGUAUGUAAUGUUGGGUGUUCAUAUUGGUCUUGGGUUAACAGUUGCAUUCCAGGUUAGACCCGAAGAAUUUUAAUCUUGUGGAAGUUCUACCUUUAGUUUAUUUCAGAGCAGUAGUUAAAAGCAGGUAUUAAACUAUUUUUAGUUUAAUAACUACCUUUAGUUUUAAGGUACUUUUAGUUCCUGGACUCAAUGUAACCCCUUAAGUGAGGGGAGAAAAGCAUGGACUAGUCCAUUACUGGCCUCCAUUAUAUUGAGCUGUACUCUUCUAAAAUAGGAAUUCUUAUGCAGGAGAAGUGUACUUGGGUGUUACGUUCAGAAAGGAUCACUGAAAAGGUAGGUCAAAGUUUUAGAUAAAUCUCUUUAGAGAGUAUAUUCCUAUCUUAUCCAGUAAAUCAGUACAUCCCUCUUCACUAGUAGCUAAAGAGUAAAGAUCUUAAUAAAGUGGAAAUUUAAACAUGUAUUCCUCCUGUGAAAUGCUUUGGGAUUGACAAAAUAGAAUGAGAUGUAAGCACAAAGCAAAGUCCUGUUUCCCAAGAAGUUUCAGAUGUAAAAAAUGGACAUGUGGGAGAGUUUGGGAGCUGGCUGCAAGGCCAGGUAAGUAAGGAACACUGCUUUAUAAGACUAUUUGUGUUGCAGUUUUCUUGUCUGUGUUUUUGGUUUUUUAGCACAGGUUUUGACCAUCUAUUGGAAGUAGAACACUUAUGCUCUGUAAUGAAUGUAAAGAUCUGUUGAAAUGUAUAUCUUAGGUCUGUGCUGUGUAAGUAACAUCUUCUCUUUCUUAUAUAGCAGAGAAAUUCCAACUAAAGGAGGAGCAAGUUAUUAAAUCCCAUACUCAACUUUAAUUUUUAAGUGAAAAUGAGAAUGUGAGAUACUGCUUGGGAAAGACGCCUCAGUGUUGCAGUGAUUUGAACAUAAAACUAGUCUAUGUUCUUAUAACAUUCUUAGGUCAGAGUUUUUUCCACAGUCAUUCUCACAGGUUUUGUGCUGCAUUUGAGUUACAGUUCAAGAUUUCCUACAUAAGCUCUGGCACACUGCUUGUUGCACAUGUAUGCAAUCCUCUUUGUGCAACGGUUGGCAUUCAGAGUAGGGACCUACAAUGAUCCCACCACCCACCAGCUGAAAGUCUGACAUAAAUGUGAUCUUACUGUUUUCCUAGUAAUCAUAUUUUCAGCAGUGUUCUUAUAGGAUAGAUGCUGUGAGGUUACUUCGUUUAAAAAUAAUACUUCAAACUCCAACACAGUGCCAUUAUCUAUAGUAUUUUGACUAGAUGUUACACCUGAGAAGAAAAAUUGUUUAACAGUAAUGGGGACAUUAAAAUCAGUAUUCUAUGGGCCACAGAUGG